UUUGACCUAUUAAAAGAUGAUUUAAAGACAACAACCAAGCUCAUGACUACUUUUAAUAUACUGGUUUAUCAAUAUUUUCAAUAUGAGCUUGUUGUUGUAACUCAAACUUCAAAUCUGUAUGAUAAGCUCAAUAGUAGGGGCAUUGAUCCAUUUAAUUCUGCUACAACUUUUGUAUUGUCGGU